GAAGUGUCAGUUGGAUGGUACUAAUACAGGGUAAAAAAUUUUGGUCCAUAUGCUAAUCUCAAUGGGGAGAUUCAGAAGUUCAGUGUUUUGCCCAAUUCUUGUACUGAUUCAGGUUUUGAUUGCAUCGUGUGAAUAUUCAUCAUGCCAGCCUGGCUUCACUUCAGACCAUUUUACCUUCAAAGUGGACAGAACACAUCUACAAAAGGGAAGGGUACUGGGAAAAGUGAGUUUCUCUGCCUGCGAGGGGAGACAGAGAGCCCCUUUUCUCUCAGAGGAUUCCCGCUUUAAAGUCGAUCCAGAUGGAACAGUCAGUGUGAAGAGACCUGUGACCCUGCAUGACGGACACAAGAGCUUCAGACUCCACGCCUGGGACUCCAAGGGCAAGAAGAACACAGUCACGGUCACAGUGGUGCAUGAGCACAGACAGAAUCGCCAUCACCAUCACAGCGAGACGGACAGCGCCACUCAGGAGCAGGCUGAACCUACUCCAGCUGUCCCAGUGCUGAUGUUUCCACAGUCUUCAGGAGGUCUGAGGAGGAGGAAGAGGGACUGGGUCAUACCCCCCAUCAACUUUCCAGAGAAUGACAGAGGCCCCUUCCCUAAGAAGAUGGUGCACAUCAGAUCAAGCAAUGAUAAAGAGAUUAAAAUACAGUACAGCAUCAGUGGUCCUGGUGCAAAUGAGGCCCCUGUUGGGCUUUUCACCAUUGACAGAAGCAGCGGUGAGCUCUAUGUGACUCAGCCUUUGGACAGAGAGACAACAGACAAAUACAAGCUUUUUGCACAUGCUUCGUCAAGUCAUGGUAUGGCUGAGGACCCCAUGGAAAUUAUUAUCAAUGUAAUUGAUCAGAAUGACAACAAGCCUGAAUUUACCCAGGAUCCCUUUCUGGGCUUCAUUCCUAAAGUAUCAAGGACAGGUUUUGAGUUUAUGAAGGUAACAGCCAUUGAUAAAGAUGAGCCUGGGAAUCUGAAUUCUGAUAUAAGAUACGCCAUUUUGAGCCAAGAGCCACAGCAGCCACAGCCCAACAUGUUCACUAUCAACCCUGUGACUGGAGUCAUUCGACUGAAUUCAGAUGGACUGGACAGAGAGAAAUACCCUAAAUAUACACUGGUCAUUCAAGCUGCUGACCUGGAGGGGAAUGGUCUCAUGAACACCUGCACAGCCAUCAUCACAGUGACAGACAGGAUGGCUCCUCAGUUUGAGAAGACUUCAUACACAGUGUCUGUCCCUGAGAAUAAAGUGGGUGCACUGGUGGUAAAAAUGAAAGUAACUGCUGAGGAUGAACCUUACACACCAACAUACAGGAUCAUCGGCGGAAACCAUCAAGGGUUCUUCAGAAUCAGCACUGGGUCCAGCAAGAUGGAAGGAAUUAUUACUACAGCUAAGAGCCUGGAUUUUGAGCGUAAAAACGAAUACACUUUGUUUGUCACCAUGGAGAGUGACCGCUUUGAGCCUACCCCCAAUGUCAGCGUCAUCGUAACUGUGGAGGAUGUGAACGAGGCUCCGGUCUUUGAUCCAGCUGAAUUGGUGGUUGUCGAACCAGAGGGCCUGACUAGUGACAGUGACUUAAUUCUGUAUACAGCUACUGAUCCAGACUCAGCAAGGAAGCAGACCAUAGGGUAUAAAGUGGCCAGCGAUCCUGCUGGAUGGCUGAGUGUUGGUAAAGAAUCGGGACUCAUCAAAGUCAAGAGCCCGUUGGUCCGAGAGUCUCCCUUUGUCAAAGAUGGCAAAUAUGAGGCUCUCAUUCUGGCCAUCGAUAAUGAUGAGGCUCCCAGGACAGGCACAGGGACCCUGGUGGUAGAGCUGCAAGAUGGAAGAGCUAACUAGGAUAAACCAAGAACCAGUACAAGAGAAGAACCUUGUCCAACUGAAUAUUACCAAUGCUAAUGCCGGUGACCCACCAGAAAAGCAUUUCUCUGCAGAAAUCAAGCAAACCUCAGAAAUGUCAGUUAACAGCUGGGCAGACAUUUUUGUCUAGAGCUACUUACAAAGAAAAGGUACAAAUCUGAAUAAAUCACUGGUUACUAGUUAGAAUGUUUCAGCAGCCAAUCACGUUCUCAUCAGAUGUCUUUUCAAAUGUAAUUAAUUACAUCAAAAUUUGUUGCUGAGCUAAAAUUAUUUUUAUAGUGAGAAUUCUGUUUGUUUCUUGUAUAUGUUCAAAACUGCUCCCAGAUU